CAAGCGUGCCCGAGCUCGCAAACGCAAGUACAAUAAAUUAAUACGUUAAUUUACCGUGCUGCACUCCCGUACCGUCCACUGCUGUGUCCUUCAUCACACCGUUUCCUGACUUGGUUGCUGUUGUGUCGUUUUCGGUCCGGUGUAUUUGCUUAUCUAAUUCAUCGCUCACGCCGAGUUGAACCCACGUAGCCGCUGCGCUAUUUGAGCCCCCCUUCAACUAUAUGUCAACAUGCUGGGCUUUGUGGAAGGCCACUGCGUUUAAGUAGAAUUUACCACUAUCUUUGGAUUGUAUCCCAAUUAUUUCAGGAUAAUCGUAAAUAUUUUAAAGAUCCAAAAGUGGGUGUAAUAUAAACUGGAUUAGAAUUUUGUCAUAUUUAACCAAUCCGUUUUUUAAAGGGCAUUCACUGUAUUGAUGAGAUGUUCUACUUACACAAGAAGUUAUCUACAAAAGUGCUCAACCUUUUCUGACCCAAGUUACUCAUUUCGCUUUACUUCCAGCUCAGUAACCCCACCCGACAAAAUGCCACAUCAAGUUAGACAAAAUAUCAAAGCUUUUACUCAGUGUACAGUUUUGGCCAGUUUAAAAAAAACAAGUCCAAAAUAAGUAUGAAUGCCGGACUCGUUCUCUCAACGUCUGAUCAGCUCAGAUACAUGAAAAUCAUAACUGAACGUGCUCUCAACUUGCUGACUCGGAAGUUAGAGGACAACAUAAGUCUGCAAUUAAUGAAUUUCAUAAUCCCUGAGACAAAAAACUAGCUCUGAGGAUUGACGCGUAUACACAUCCCUAGAAUAUACCUACCAAAUUCAUUGUGAUUAUCCAUGAGUAAUGAAGUCAUAGCAAAUUUAGUUAGUGUCCUCACCAAGAACAACAAGUACAAAGCAAGCAAGUUUCUGAGACCUCCCUCUGGAUGGUCUCAAAGCUGAUAUUCUUGCCGUAAUUCUCUAAUGGCUCCAGUGGGUCGAUGGCAAAAAGGCAAAGACCUAACAUGGUACGCCAAAGACAAAACUGGACGUGCCCGGACCAAAGAAGAAGAGCUUGCAGCUGUGAAGGCCGCCGAACAUGACGCAUUGAUGGCUGCCCUAGGACAUAAGGUUAUAAAGAGACAACCCACGGGACUGACCAAAGAGGACUUGGCAGAUAUUUGUAGGAGAGAAGAAGAUGACGGUGAAGAAAGGAAUGUGGAUCGCAUCUCAGGCUUAGGGAGCUCCAGUGCCAGCUCACGGAAAGUGGUCCUCUCCCAGAAGGAAAAAGAGGCUGUUAAAAUGGGCCUGCCAGUUUUUACACACCAUAAGACUGCAAAUCGCCCCGAAACCUUGACAGCAAAGUCAUCAGAGAGUGCAGAAAAAGAAGUAGUAGAGCAAUGUCAGGAGAGCAAGAAGAAAAAGAAAGAAAAGAAGAGCAAAAAGGAGAAGAAGAAGAAGAAGAAAAGUAAGAGGAAAAGAAGUGACUCAUCCUCCUCAGAUUCAGAUGACGAAAGAAAAAGGCCGCGAAAGGACCACCACCAUCCUAAUCCAUCAUACCACAGUCAGAGUGGAGCCAGAACCCAUGACAGCCAUUCAAGGGGGGGACCAAAAGCAGAGCGACAGUCUCCCCGCCCCCGUCAUCGGCAGCAGCGCCAUGACACAGACUCCUCUGACGGGGGGUCCCCUGUCCGGCGUAACCCCUCGGGCCGCAAGACGGCCCCUGACGGUGCCGCACAAUGCCGCGGGCAACGCCAUGACACGGACUCGGACAGCUAAUAUGCUUCCAAACCGCGCGGCCCCACCCUGCACCUCCCUCCUACUCUCCUACUCAUAAAAGAUGCUCUUGAGAAGCUUGACCGCUCCUGAAGACCUCAUUUACCUCAUGAAGGCUUUGUGGGUUGGAUUGGUAGAUAGCCUUUUUUUUUUUUUUUUUUUUUUUUAAACUACUUUUCAUUGAUUAAACCUGUAUUAGCAAUCCGUUUUAGCCUUUAGUGUUUUUUUGGGACAUGUUACUAACACUAAUAAAGUGUUGCUACUAACAUAAUUCUUAAAGGCUGGAACAGGAAAAUCAUUCAAUCAAUUUAUUGCAUACAUGUAAAACAUAAAAUACAAUCUGUUACUGUCAGUUACAUUGCAUACAUGAAAUAGUUUUGACAAGCAGUUGCUAACAUAAAAUCGCUGAUUAAUUUAGUAAGAAGACCUACAAUUUUGAUAGCCAACUCCAUGAUAUGUGGCAUUUCUAAUUGGUGAGUAGUUGUCCUUUUUAAUUAAUUUAUUUUUUAAUUCUCGUAAACCGGUUAAGGUAUCCUUGUUCUCAUGUUACCAAGCAGACAAUUGGCAUUCAGCCAAAGUGUAACCCCUAACGAUAAGCAUGAACAUGACCAGACCCUCCCUAACAAUCUAAAUGGCAUCAUCAGUCGUCUUCAAGGGGUGAGUAAUUUCACUAUUUAAAUUAUUCUGUGUUUGAAAUUUCCUUUUACAAAAAUAAUAUAAAAUGUCGCUGAUCAAUUUAAUCAUUUACUGUAUGUUGGCAUCAACGCAGAAUGGACAAAAAUCACUUUGUACUGAUUUAUAUGGGAAAAUCUGUAUUGAAAUGAUGAUUUAAAAUUAUUUUGUA